CUCUCGCUCAGCAACGAACAAAUCAUCGUCGGCUUAUCUCCUUCGCAGAAAGACAUUUUUUCCCCAGAAGUUUAGAAGCAUCACUCUGUGUCAUUUGACUUUCUGAUCGGAAAUGGGCCUCUCGACUCACAUUUUGGACACCAGCCGGGGCAAACCGGCCGUGAACGUGAAAAUCACGCUGUACCGUGGGACGACCGGUGCUCCGGAGAGUUGGGAAAAGACCGGCGAAGGAGUAACCGACAGUGAUGGUCGGUAUAAGGGAUUUUUCGGUGAGAAUCCAGCAGCUUUCACCAAUGGACUGUAUAAGUUGCGCUUCCAGGUUGGCCAGUAUUACGAGCAGUUGAGAACGGAAACGCUCUAUCCAUUCGUUGAGAUUGUCUUCGACAUCAAGGACGCCAGCCAACACUAUCACAUUCCCCUUCUGUUGAACCCAUUCGGAUAUUCCACAUAUAGAGGAUCUUAAUUUAUCAAUAUAUUUGGCAAUAAAGAAUUUUACACAUUCAAACCUUAA